AUGGAUUCGAAGUCUCAAGCCCAAAAGUAUAUUGAAGAGUUCGCUCGCGAAAGACAAGCGGAAAAGAAGACCCGCAACGUACAAGAUCUGGAGAGAUCCGUUCAAAAGUUCGCAAACGAGUUGUACCGGAGCGAAACACACUUCCUGCUCGAGCUGUUACAGAAUGCAGAUGACAACCGAUAUACCAAGACAUCACGGCCAAGCUUCUCCAUAGAAUACCGUGAGCGUGGUUUACGCAUUGAUUGUAACGAGGAUGGCUUCACGGAGGAAAAUGUCGAGGCCAUCUGCAGCGUCGGUAACAGCACGAAAACCACCUCUUCUCCUGGCCAUAAGUACAUCGGCGAGAAAGGCAUCGGCUUCAAAUCCGUAUUCAGGGUCGCGACUAAAGUCUGGAUAUAUUCUGGCGGCUACAAAUUUGCUCUUGACCGCACCAAGCCUCUGGGUAUCAUCACUCCUACCUGGGAAGACUUUCCGGAGACUCCGCCUGAGGGUGGCACUGCCAUGUAUUUCCAGCUCUCAAAUGAUUGCGACGAGAAAUUAUUCUGGGACCAGAUUCAGGUCUUGGAUGCCAAUGCUUUGAUCUUUCUUUCUAGGUUGAGGCAACUGAAAUUGGUUAUACCAAAAGCAGGUCGACUUCACGAAAGAAGACUUUGUAGGGAGGACAACCGGAUACAUUCUCAAGCCAUAGAAUCCAAGAUAUUCGAAAACGACCAGCAGAUUCUACACUACCUGAUAUGUCAAUAUACGGCUCAGGAUAUGCCAAAAGAAGAAAAGCGGCCCGACUGUCGCACUUCAGAUAUCAUGCUGGCAUUCCCCAAACUGGAUGAUUCCAACCCUCGAACACGGUCGCAAAUGAUGUAUGCUUUUCUUCCAAUUAGGGAUUGCGGCUUCAAGUUUCUUAUCCAAGCUGAUUUCCUGCUUGCAGCUAGUCGCGAAGAUAUUGACGAGUCCAGUCCAUGGAAUCAAAAGAUCCUCGCCUGUUUACCGGACGCAUUGGGGAGUGCCAUUGAAUACCUGAACAAUACCGAAUUGCGUUUCACUUGGCCUCGGUAUCUCCCUAGACAGGAUGAAGUUCAAAAGGAUUACCGUACCGUGAGCCGUUCUAUAGUUUCUGGGCUCUCGAAACGGGAUGUUCUCGAGUCGGAGAGUGGCCAAUUAAGGGCACCUUUGACGCUGACGUAUAUUCCGAAAGAGUAUACGCUAGAAAAUGGAGAGCCAUUGAGCCUUAGCAAUGUUUCGAGCAACCGAUAUCUGUCUAGAAAGUAUGGCCACGGCGACAAACAAAACUUUCAACUUAUAGGGGUUAAAGCUCUAACAUUCCAUGACUUCGUACGGGAUCUUCACGAGUCUAUUCGCGAACAGGCAGCCAAGGACCGACCACCAGAAUGGCACUCCCAUCUAGCAAUGGUUCUUGUGAAGAAUCUAAUAGCCCGUGACGUCCGUCAUUCAGCGGUGUCGAAAAUCCCAAUCAUCCCCCUCCGUAAUGGCACAUGGGUGACGGCAGAUGAGAGCUGGGACAGGCUUUUCUUUCCUGCAGAGGAAGCUUCGACAUCAGUCCCGGAGGAUACAGGACUCAUGGAGGUCCACCCGAGCACUGUGGAAGACCCCUUUCGCUUCCAGCUAUUCCAGCUGUUUGGAGCGAAGCCCUACAGCGCUGUGCAAAUUUGUCAAGCUAUUGCCAAGAUGCACAAGUCUUCUGCACCACCUGUCGUCACCGCCAAGACCUUGAUUUCGCAGACCAUCUUCCUAUUUCUCCAGUCUUGGAUCUGCCCUAAAGACAUUGAUCUCUGGGUUGCAACGGAUCAGGAGAAAUUCCACAGAGCUUCAGAAGUGUACAUGCGGCCCUUGGAGAUAGGGAAAAAAACGUUUCCUGCUUUACAUCCAGAUUACCUAGCGGCCAUGGCCGAGAGACAAGAUGAAUGGAUAAAAUGGCUUCUCCAGGAGCUCCAUAUAUCUACGAUUCCUCGCUUUGUUGUUUCAGUUGGAAAGCAUCAUUUUGAACUCUCCCCCGAGAUGGAAUUGAUAAGGAACCACUGGUCGUCUGCAGACUUCCUCACCUUGCUGCGGGACAAUUGGGACAUUUACUCCGGGUGGUUGGAAGCAAACAACCAUUGUUCAUGGCCUCAGGCUUGGGAGUCUUCACGAAUCAAGUUGCAGAAACAAAUCGCAAGUUUUGAGGUUCAAUGUAAAGGAACGCAAAGCUUAUAUCCUUUGGACCAAACUGUCCUUCCAACCGUGCUUCAAGAUGAAGCAGAGAACGUGACAACAUACUUCCGAGUCAUAGACAUCCCGGAUCCGGGAGAACCAUCAUGGGCAUUUCUGGAGAAGUUUGGUGUCAUAGCUCAGCCGAACGCUACAUUGUUCCUUCAGGGAUUGGAAACUGCCAAAAAGAUGGCAUGUGCAGCUGAGUGGGUUUGGUUCUACGAGAAAAUUCAGAUAUAUGCCUCCCAGGAGAAGGCAACAGUAAAGAAAGCCUUCUCCGGAAAUCCGUUGAUUUUCAUUCCGGAAAGCCCGUUGAGAGCAGCACAGUGGUUGAGACCUGACAACUGCAUCUGGUCCAGCUCAUCAUUUUUCAAACGAACCGCCACCUUGGCUGGGAAUUAUCCAUCCUGCCGGGGGCUCUUUCAGGACAUCUUGGGUGUUCAAGAUGCAGACCUCCAGACCACGUUGACUGAACUUUUCUCGACUAGCAAGUCAGAUGGCUUGGAUUAUUUUGUGAAAUUGUUUGCAUACUUGAAUAGGCAUAGCAGUGCCAGUAUCCGAGCGUUGGUCACCAAGAACGCCGACAAGUUCAAGACAAAACUGGUGUUUCCUAUCGAUACAAAGGGGGAGAGGCCGGCAGUGCAUCACCUGGGCUCAAUCUCUGCCGAAAGCAUAUGGUAUAUUGCGGACCGCCCUCACCUGCGCGAAAAGUUUCGUGGAAGAAUCCCAUUGCUUGCUUUUGAUAAUGACCAGCUUGAGAAAAUGAAGUGGAUUUAUCUAUUGCCGUCCAUGACCAAGCGAUCGCUCUCCAACUUGGUCGUAUGUAAGCCUUUGCCAGGGUUGAAGAGUACUCUCCACGAACGCCUGACAAACCUACUCAGAGAUAGAGCCAAACAUAUAAUUCUACUUGUACCAGGCGCAGCCGUCAGACAAAAAGCUGUCUACGAAUUAGAAUCCGUUACCGUAUACAGCGCAGAGAAGGUUUCGGUUCAAUGGGAACUGAUCGGUCCAUCAGGAUUGGUGGCUACUAGCCUGCCAGAUGUCAGCAACGCGGCUUCUGCUUUGGUCGAGGGCCAACUCCGAAUCUAUCUGUCUCGCAUGGUAAUAAAUGCAGACAGCGUGUCUCUAGAGUUAUCGCGGACUUUAGCCACUCGAUAUGAAAUACACCAAAAACACUCGCUGACACUAUGCGGUACGCUAUCCUGGACAGACGCAGAGGUUGAGGAUCAACUAAAGCGUGAUGGGAUUUCUCAUGACCAAGACGUCACGAGCUUUGAUGUGUUUGAGGAGCCAACUGUGUUAUCAGACGAAUUCUCUGGCUGGCCUCCGAAACCGGAAACCUGGUUCACAUGGGUUUUCAAGUCGACGAGUGCUGGCAUCACUCAGCUACGCAGCUUGCUUUAUGCCGCUCGUUUGUUAUUUUUCACUCGAGAUACAGCUGUCUUCGCUGUGCUAGGAAUUGGCAUUUUCACAAUCAUAUGGAAACUGGAUCCUGCAUUAGGUUUCCUGCGCUCUCAGUUGGAUGGUUGGUUACUGAAAAAGAAAGCGGAUAAGCAUCCAGUUCUUGGUACAACGGACGGACAUACUGUACCACAGACCCUACCGCCAAAAUCAUCGCGGUAUUGGUAUCCUACUUGGGCACAUACAGGGCCACAGGAAACCUCACCAUCCAACGGCCCAUAUAGAACGCCGCCUCCUCCAGACUAUGGGCCAAUCCGAACUUCAGUGCCCUCCAGCAAACCGACUGCAAAAAGCUCUACCCACGGUAAGGUCCUGGGAAAUGCUUUCCUCGCCCAAUACCUGUCUGUGGAAAUGCUGCCUGACAAGAAGGUAUUCUUGAUACUUUUAUUGGCCGUAGUCCUGCUUCUUCUGGCGUGGUUUAGCGAACCUAGCACAAGUGACCAACUUCCCCCCAUGGACAAAAACCCAAAUGUCAUUGACCCUGCAUUUCAUCAGUCUGAUGAGGAAUCCGAAGCUGAAGAAUGGCAAGAAGGAACGAUUGAAAUAGCCGAGAAGGAAGGUGGUUGGGAAAGUGAUUCUGCAGAAGAUAAUCUUCCCAAUGGGGAAACGCGUCCUGAGAAGGACACGCCGAAGCUCGAGAGCAAAGAGGGUAUUCAGGCAACCUUACUAUCGCUUGAUUCUGGUCGCAACUUCUCAUCACCUGAACUUGACCUCCAGUCACAGAUCACAAAUCAAAAUUCUUCCGCUUCGAUAACACAGGAAACAAGAAGACUCGAAUCAGAUAAAGGUUCCGUGAUUAGAACUUACACUAAAAUCAUCGUUGCUCCGUCUCCAUCGAGGAAGUGGAGUUCCGUGGAGAUUUCAGGGCACCCGCCAGCAUCUCCGAAUCCAGAGGGAGUUAGUGAAGCAGGGAACAAAGCAUUAACAUCAGAAACCAUCGGAGUCGACUACGCUGCAACGGAUACUCUCAUGUCCACCCCGAUGGAGGCGGAUCUGCAGCCGAGCCAAACGUCUGAGGAACAGCAAUUGACAACAGGGGAUAACAGAACCGGAAGCAUUUCAAGUGCUUCUUCUACUAAGAGUAUCCUCGACGAGAGUAUGCUGAGAAAAACAAGUUCUGUUGAAGCAGGAGAGACAGAGGCAAAUAACAUAUUAGCAACUGGUGAGAGUCCAAACAAGGAACAUACCCAGACAAGAAACGAGCAUCAUGAGCCCACACCGGGUGGCGUAACGAUUUCAGGCCCAUUACAGGACCAAAAUAAAGACAACAUUGAACUGGCGAUUCGUCAGCCAGUUAGUAGCCCGUCGAUGAUAGAGGAUCAACAAUCAGGAAUGGAAACUCCCGUUUUACUUGAAGAUGUCCCCUUGAAACGACUUGAUGAAGAAAGUACCUCGGCGGAAUUCUUUACACCUGAUGGCCAAAUAGGAAGAUCUGAAGCACUAGAGUAUUCUCCGAUAUCGUCAUGGAACACGGCGUCGGGAUUGCCAAGCAUCCCAAUGGGCCUACACAGCUUUGGAGGCGGUGGUAUUUUAGCACCCGGUGAUCGAGCAAUGACGUCUGAGUUUGUGGACCAUUUCAUCUCUCAACAAGAUGACAGCGAGUUUGUGAACACAAGUACAGGCGUCAUGUAUAAUCCGUCGCCAACGACUAUGUUUGUGGGAGAAGACACCGAUGAAGCUCGGUUUCUAGGAGAACUUUAUGUAUCACAACACCUGAGAUUGCUUUUGGGACCAGACAUCUACCAACCAGAAGUGAAUUGGACCAGCAGCGCGCGAUCUCGCAAUGGACACAAGCCAUUUGUUGACAAGGAACUAGAUCAUUCGACAUUCACCCUAACAGAGAAGCUUGGGAUGGGCAAAGCGAGGAAUCCAGUAUCUCGGGCGUUUAAGCUGUCCGAUUUAGGACUUGAGACAUGUAGAUUUCAUAUCCAAGUUUGCGUUACUGCUGGCGGACUCCAAUCGCCCUUUCGAUUGUCUAAUGCGCAAUGCACCAAGUGUAGGGACAUGACGCUGAGGGGUCAAGAGAGGCCGACCAAUGUGUACAUUCUUGCGCGCGUGUACCACAUACAUACCAACCCGCAAAUCGCCUUUUACACGGAUCCAUGGCAGCUCUAUCAAAAAGGCCUCAUUGCCCUCGAGUCUUCCAGCGCAUUCCGUGGAACUGUCUCGAAAGCAGCACCGGCAGUCAUUGUUGAAACCCCUAAAGGCGCUGCCACAGCUUCGGAAAUGCAGAGGAUAUAUAGCAAGAGGCUCAACCCGGAUGAGAUCCGUCUUCUCAAACUUGAAAAUAGUACGGACCCAAGUUCACCACUUGUAGUGAGUCUCAUUGUGAAACCGACCAAGAAAACUGAUGAGUCACUGCGGUACUGGGCAAUCUCAUACGUCUGGGGGUCUGCGCCGACACCCCUUUCACCAUUCCAGUUGGUGAUUGAUGGAGUGAAGAUACCCGUCACUGAGAGUUUAUGGACCUGUCUUUGCCGCCUUCGGAGUGAGGAUAUUACUGAUUAUAUCUGGGCUGAUGCGAUAUGCAUAAAUCAGACCGACAACUUGGAGAAAGCCAUGCAGGUUCGCCAGAUGGGAAGAAUUUACAGCAAAGCGGAUCGUGUGAUUAUUUGGAUGGGUGGUAACCAAGACAGGGACUGCAACGCCAUAAACAUCCUCAAGAAAUUGAGAGACACUAGAGAAUCACAAAAGCCGAGGCAAAGCGAGCAACUCUCGUUGACUGAGAAGGAUAAGGAACAGGUUUGGGCUUUUCUCCAGCGCCCCUGGUUCACUCGAACCUGGACUAUUCAGGAACUCGUCCUCGGCAACCGCGUCUCAAUUCUCUACCGAGACGCCGAAAUGGAAUGGGACGACUUCAUGGGCUCUGUUUUGUUCUUUGAGGAAAAGAUACUUCUGACUAAAGACGGCAAUAGGGAGCUUUAUGCUACACCCUCGGAUCCAGCUCGCGCCCUUGAUCAUAUUAGGCAGACAUGGCAAGGGCGUUCAUUAGAAGCAGGGGGGAGCCGCUUGAAGCUCCCUAUUCUUCGACUUGUCGAGAUGUUCUUCUACGCCCAAGCAUCAAUGCCGCGCGACAAGCUCUUUGCGAUGCACAGCAUGGCCUCUGACACAAGCUAUGAGAUUGACGGCUUCAGUCGACCCGAUUAUGAGUCCGAUGAUUCCACGAUCCUAGCAAGAUAUGGCACAGAAUUUGUUGAGAGAAACAAGGUUCUGGAGCUUCUCUCCCGGGCUGGGAGAGAUAAAGGGAGCACGUUUUCAUCCUGGAUCCCAGACAUGAUGAAUCAUGCCCGGCGUCCACAAUACGGCCCGACGAUUUCCACCUGGAAAGCGGUUGGGACAGUCAACAACUUCAGAUUCAGCGCAGGGGCGUCUCAAUCUCCAAAUCCAACCGUCCCACACCUAGGAAGCUAUCCUUUCCUAGCUAUCACUGGCAAGAUGUUCGAUAGUAUUCAAAGCGAACGAUCACUCAAGAUUGGCGAUGAUGUUACCGCCAUAAGCUUUGUCCAGAUCCUGGAAGAGCUCCGCCAGCUCCUAUCAGAUCUGUCGUCGUAUCCAAAUUUGAGUCAAAACAAGCGCUGGCGUGACCAUGUACUCAUCCAGACUCUAAUUGGAGACGCAAUUGGCCCACAAUGGGGAACAAGUCGCUCAGUUUUAAUUGACGACAGUCUAGAAGAUGAGGAGGUAUUGGAACGUUGGCCAUUAGGCUUUGAACAAGAGAUUUUGUCAAUACGGUCGGGUCGUGACAGCCAUCAAUACCGCUCCAAACCAGCCGAGGUGCAGCAAAAAGUCAAUGACUAUUGGCGUACUGCUGCCGCUUUUCUCGGAAAAAUUCCCAAUCCAGCAUUGUGCGUGACAACAAAGGGUUAUGUCGGGGUUGUCCCUGGAGGAACCAGACAAAAAGAUAAGGUUCUUCUCGUCCACGGAGCUCGCGUGCCGUUUGUGGUUCGUCAACAGCCAGGCACAGACCACUAUGAGUUGAUAGGGGAGUGUUAUAUCCAUGGGGUCAUGUACUACGAUGAUGCCGUUGCUGGUAAGGUCAUGGACGAGAGGGUAAUACUGGUGUAA